AUGCCCAUACUCAGGAAAAGAAAGUUGCUAUAUAUAUUUUUAACUGCUAUAGCGUUAUUUUUACUAUUGAUUCAAUCAAAAUUAUUCAAUCAUGAACAACUAUCUAAAAACGAUUGGUCACUCACAUCAUUUGGUGACAAGUUCGACUUCUCGUACUUACCGAACCUCAGUGAUAGUUUGAAAAAUACGUAUAAUCGGUGGAACUUGAAAUCUUCAAACACAGAGCCAUUACAAGCGUCAAUAAUCGAACCAAACAAUGUACAAUUCAACUUUGUCAAUAACGCCAACAAUAGGGGGACAAGGGAAGAAAUUAUCGAACGAAAUGCUAAAAAAUAUACUGAACUAAUGAAUACUGAAGUCGGCAAACCUCAAGAUGCAUCAUUGGUUCCACCACCUGAAGAUAAACAAGCUUAUACCCGAGCAAAUGCCACCAUAAUUGCAUUAGUUAGAAAUUCAGAAUUGACAAAGAUCGGACAAAGUAUAAGGAGAUUCCAAAAACUGUUUAAUGGUAAAUUCAAUUACCCAUACACCUUCAUAAAUGAUGAACCAUUCACUGAUCGCUUCAAACAAAAGAUUAAAAAGUAUACUGAAAAUGCUCCAGUUGAGUUUGUCACUAUUAAGUCGGAAGCUUGGAAAAAACCUAGUUCAAUAGAUGAGGAGAAAGAAGCUAAGGCCAUGCAAGUAAUGUAUGAUCAUAACAUUGCCUAUGCCAAGAAGGGCUCUUACCAUAACAUGUGUCGUUUUUACCUGGGUCAGUUUUACAAUGUACCUGAAUUGCAAAAAUAUAAAUACUAUUGGAGAAUUGAGCCACAAGUUCACUUUUAUACUGAUGUUACAUAUGAUGUUUUCAAAUAUAUGGAAACAACGGGCAAGAUUUAUGGUUUUACAGUCAGCUUGUACGAUAUUGAGGAAUCGAUAAAGACGCUAUGGCCGGAAACAUUGAAAUUCUUAAACAUGGGAGACAAUUACAAAUACGUGAAUAAAAAUGGCAGUUUCCAAUGGCUAGUGGAAAACUUACAAAACCCACACAAGAACAAAAUUGCUGGUGGCUAUUCAACGUGCCAUUACUGGUCCAAUUUUGAAAUAGGUGAUAUGGAUUUCUUUAGAGGUGAAGCAUACAAUAAUUGGUUCAAAUAUUUAGACUCAACUGGUGGAUUCUAUUAUGAGCGAUGGGGUGAUGCACCAGUUCAUUCAAUUGGGGUUAGUUUAUUUGCCGAUAAAUCCAAAAUUCAUUGGUUUAGAGAUUUGGGGUAUAAUCAUGAUCCCUACUACAACUGUGCCAAUACUCCAUUCACUUCACAUUGUGUUGUGGGUAAAUUUAGUCGAUAUGAACAUUUGAAUGAUCAAAACUGUCUCAUGAAUUGGUUGGAAUAUGAUAAAAUCAAAGAUGUUUAUAAGAGAACCUAG